GGACUGAGAGAGCCAGACCAGACCUGUUCCCUUCCAUCGUUCGUAACAUUUUCCACUUUUCGUUGGCUUCGGCUCCUCGCUCCUCUCUACUCGUGUGCUGUCUCGAGGCGGCGCCACCGCCACCAGCUCACCAGUCUCUCCUGACAUACCGUAAAUAAGCCAUGUGGAACCUAAUCAGAAGAGUUGCCGCCAAUUUCCGUCUCGAGGCCCGAGGUUAUCACGCCGCUCCUCGAAGCGGAGUUUCCACAGGUCUCUACGGCUUUCAUCACUUAAGGACUGCAGGAGGAUUUCAGCGUUUCGUCGAUGAGGCCAUCGAGAGUAAUCACAUGAAAUCCCGACGCGUUAUCGUUCUGCUGAUAUAUGUUAGGUCGACAGAAUUGGUUGCAUUUAUUUCUACGAUGCCUUCAGCGGCUGAUGUCGUCCGAGCAAUGGAUGAGAUCUCAGAUACAGUUUGUUCUGUAGUGGACUCUGCUGAGCUCUGUCGACAUACUCAUCCGGACAGAGAGUACGUAGAGGAGGCCAACAAGGCAUCUUUGAGAAUUAAUGAAUAUCUACAUUAUCUGAAUACCGAUCAUAGCCUAUAUGAUGCGGUGAAAAAAGCUGAGCGUGAGGGUAACUCGCUCACAGAAGAAGCUCAAAGGGCUGCUCAUAACUUGCGGGUUGACUUUGAAAAGGGAGGAAUUCAUCUCUGUGAGGAAAAACUGGACAGAGUUAAUCAGCUCAAUAUUGAAAUAGCACAGCUCUGUAGGCAAUUCGGUGAAAAUAUAAUCAACGAUCCAGGUUAUGUCGAUGUAUUUCCGACUUCUCGCAUCCCCAAACAGCUGCGACAUUUGUGUAAGCCCAUCUAUCAAUCAUCAUCCAGAGAAUCAACAGCAUUAUCGAAGUCAGGAUAUCACAUGAAAGAGAGGGGAUUUCGAAUAAGUACAGAACCAUCUGCCCUUUCUUCUGUCCUGCAAUGCACAGCUGACGAAGAGGUUAGGAGAAUGGCAUAUAUUAAAGGAAAUUCUGUGCCUCAUGGAAACCUUCAUGUUCUAGAUAGGCUUAUAGCUGCACGCCAUGAGCUUGCACGGAUAACUGGAUAUAGAACCUACGCAGACUUUGUAGUGAAGCAAAACAUGGCUUCAUCACCUAAAGUUGUGGCGUCCUUUUUGCUUGAGAUGAGUGAGAUUGUCAAGGACAAAGCAGAUGAGGAGUUUGAAGCAAUUUGGAGGGUUAAAAGGGAGAAAUGUAGUCCUACUGCACAUUUGGAGCCAUGGGAUGAGGCUUACUACACUGCCCUCAUGAAGUCUUCAGCUUUUAACUUGGAUUCCUCAGUUGUAGCAUCCUAUUUUCCUUUGCCUCAGUGUAUUGAGGGCUUGAAAAUCCUGGUGAAGUCAUUGUUUGGUGCAAAAUGUUGCAACAUUCCCAUGGCACCAGGUGAAUCUUGGCACCCAGAUGUGCUUAAAAUGUCACUUCAUCAUCCUGAAGAGGGUGACUUGGGUAUUCUCUACCUUGAUUUAUAUUCAAGAGAAGGCAAAUAUCCCGGUUGUGCUCACUUUGCGAUUAAAGGAGGCCGUAGGAUUUCUGAUAAUGAAUACCAACUUCCUGUUGUGGCCCUGGUUUGCAAUUUUUCCGGUUCACCAAAUUCAUCAAUUGCAAGGCUUAAUCAUUGGGAAGUGGAAACUCUAUUCCAUGAAUUUGGGCAUGCUCUUCACUCAUUACUCUCAAGAACGGAUUACCAACAUUUUUCAGGUACCAGGGUGGUUCUUGACUUAGCCGAAACUCCUUCAAAUCUAUUCGAGUAUUAUGCAUGCGAUUUCAGGGUCCUGAAAACAUUUGCUAAACAUUAUUCGACUGGUGAAAUGAUUCCAGAGAAAUUAGUUGAGUCAAUGCAAGCUGCCAGAAAGAUGUUUGCUGCUACUGAGUUGCAGCGGCAGAUAUUCUAUGCUUCAAUCGAUCAAACACUAUUUGGAGAGGAGGCUGCCUCACCGAGAGAUACAAGUUUGGUUGUCGCUGAUCUGAAGAGACAAUUUACCAGUUGGAAGCAUGUUGAGGGCACUCAUUGGCAGGCCCGGUUCAGUCACCUUCUAAAUUAUGGUGCAGGUUAUUAUAGUUACUUGUAUGCAAAAUGCUUUGCUGCAACCAUAUGGAAGAAGGUGUGCCAAGACGAUCCAUUAUCAUCAGCCACGGGGACUGCUCUCAGGACAAAUUUUCUGCGGCAUGGUGGAGCCAAAGAGGCAUCUGUUUUGCUAAAUGAUCUGGUCGGGGGUGGAAUCUUAAAGAAGCGGGAUGGAGGUAUAGUGCCUGACAUCGCCAGUCUUUGUGAGGAGAUGAAUGUGGUUUGUGAUGUGAAGCUGACAGAAGGGAAAAUAUGUGGGCUACUGGACCAGUCGAAGUUAUUGAGCGCAUCGAUCCAUCCUUCCAUUCGGGACGUUGGAAGCCCACCAUGAAGCAUGAUUACAAGACAAAAAUGGAUAGUGCUGCGACAUUAGUUAAUGUACUAAAAUUGGAGGGUCAAGGGCCCUCAAAGAAUGGCCUUUUACCAUACAUCACCACUUCCUGCACACCAUGACGAAGAAAUUGCAAAAGGUCAUUUAUCUGA